AGCAACUGCAGGAAGGGAGUGUGUGUGCCCCCAAGGGGGUCCCUAGUGGCAGACCUGAGAGUGGGAAGGGGGCCAAGAUGAGGGUGGCAUGUGGGCAGACAACAGGCAGAACUGUCAGCCUCUCUCCCCAGGGGACCCCCCCACCAUGGACCCACCAUCACCCUGCCGAGCCUCCCAACCCCAGCUCACAGCCCCCACCUCGCUGAGCUCCUACCGCUGGCACACAGGGAAUGGCGGUGAGAAGGGGGCUGGAGGGUCCCGCUGGGGUCGCUUCACGGGCUGGGGAAGGGCGCUGAGCCACCCGGAACCCGUGGUCAGCAGCCAGCCAGCACCUCGCUCGCUGUUCCGUCGUGUCCUCUCCGCACCCCAAAAGGAGCCGAGGACGAGCCGCCUCCGGCUAUCCAAGACCCUCUGGGGGAAGCAUAAGAGCCCACCACUGGAGCCGGAGCCAGAGACACAGCACCCAGAGCCAGAGCUGGAGCCAGAACCAGAGCCUCCUGCCCCACAGAUUCCUGAGGCCCCUGCACCUGAUGUGCCUGUCUGGGACAUUGGGGGCUUCACCCUGCUUGAUGGAAGACUGGUGCUGCUUGGGGGCGAGGAGGAGGGUCUCCGACGGCCCCGGAUGGGGAGCGGGAGCUCUGAAGCCAGCAUCCAGGUGGCCGUGGGGAACCUCAGGGAUCCGGAUCGGACCCCCGGAAGGACUGAACCAGAGGCUGCUGGUCUCAACCAGGUCCACAAUGUUCGGGGGUUACUCAAGAGGCUGAAAGAGAAGAAAAAGGCCAGAUCGGAGCUGGGAGCCAAUACUCCCCGGGAUGGGCCUCCCAGUGCCCUGGGCUCUCGGGAAUCGCUGGCCACACUCUCUGAGCUGGACCUGGGCGCCGAGCGGGAAGUGCGGGUCUGGCCGCUGCACCCCAGCCUGCUGGGGGAGCCCCACUGCUUCCAGGUAACGUGGGCAGGUGGAAGCCGCUGCUUCUCUUGCCGCUCAGCUGCUGAAAGGGACCGCUGGAUAGAGGACCUUCGUCGCCACUUCCAGCCCAGCCAGGACAACGUGGAGCGGGAGGAGACGUGGCUGAGCGUGUGGGUGCACGAGGCAAAGGGACUACCACGGGCGGCGGCGGGCGUGCGCGCCGAGCUGUGGCUGGACGGCGCACUGCUGGCACGCACCGCGCCGCGGGCCGGCCCCGGCCCUCUCUUCUGGUCCGAGCGCUUCCACUUCGCAGCACUACCACCCGCGCGGCGCCUGUCGCUGAGGCUGCGCGGCGCGGGCCCGGGGGGCGCGGCAAUGGGUCGCGUGGCGCUGGCGCUGGCGGAGCUGGGCGCGCCCCGCGGCCCGGCCGCCGGCCUGGAGCGCUGGUUCCCGCUUGAGGGGGCGCCGGCUGGCGCAGCGCUGCGGGCACGGGCUCGGGCGCGACUGCUGCGCGUGCUGCCGUCUGAGCGCUACAAGGAGCUGGCGGAGUUCCUCACCUUUCACUACGCGCGCCUCUGCGGGGCGCUCGAGUCUGCACUGUCCGCGCAGGCCAAGGAGGAGCUGGCGGCCGCCAUGGUGCGCGUGCUGCAGGCCACCGGCCGGGCACAGGCACUGGUGACAGACCUGGGCACCGCAGAGCUGGCACGCUGUGGAGGCCGCGAGGCGCUGCUGUUCCGGGAAAACACACUGGCCACCAAAGCCAUUGAUGAGUACAUGAAGCUGGUAGCACAGGAUUAUCUCCAGGAGACCCUGGGGCAGGUUGUUCGGCGUCUCUGUACCUCCACUGAGGACUGUGAGGUGGACCCCAGCAAGUGCCUGGCACCUGAGCUGCCCCAGCACCAGGUCAGACUGCGAGAAGGCUGUGAGGAGGUGUUCGAGAACAUCGUCCACUCCUAUGACUGGUUCCCAGCAGAGCUUGGCACCGUGUUCUCAGGCUGGCGGGAAGCAUGCAAGGCACGUGGCUCUGAGGCUCUGGGCCCAAGACUGGUAUGCGCUUCUCUCUUCCUGCGACUCCUGUGCCCUGCCAUCCUGUCGCCCAGCCUCUUUGGCCUGGCCCCAGAGCAUCCAGCACCUGGCCCAGCCCGCACCCUCACACUGAUCGCCAAGGUCAUCCAGAACCUUGCCAACCGUGCCCCGUUCGGUGAGAAGGAGGCCUACAUGGGCUUCAUGAAUAGCUUCCUGGAGGAUCGAGGCCCAGCCAUGCAACACUUUCUGGACCAGGUGGCCACAGUGGAUGUGGACGCAGCACCCAGUGGUUACCAAGGUGGCAGCGACCUGGCCCACCAGCUGGCAGUCCUCCAUGCCCAGCUCUGCACCAUCUUUGCUGAGCUUGACCAGGCCACCCGGGACAGCCUGGAACCUCUGCCCACCAUCCUACGAGCCAUCGAGGAGGGCCGGCCUGUGCCCGUGUCAGUGCCAAUGCGUCUCCCGCCACCCCCAGCCCAGGUCCACACCAGCUUCUCCGCAGGGGAGAAGCCCGGCUUCCUGGCCCCCCGGGACCUUUCCAAGCACACUCCUCUCAUCUCCAAGAGCCAGUCCCUGCGCAGCGACCGCGGUGCAGGUGGUUGGGCCCGGCCACGGCCAGAGGAGGAGCAGCGGCCUCGGCCAGUGCAGCGUACGCAGAGCGUCCCAGCGGGCCGCCACGCUCGCCGCCGCCCGUCGGUAGGGCCCCGGCCGCGGCCCAAGGGAUCCCUGCGCACAGGUCCCGCGCCCCGCGGCAGGCCCUGGACCGGGGUCUCCACCUCCCUGCCUCGGAAGCCGUCCGUGCCCUGGCAGCGCCAGCUGGAUGAGCCGCGGGACCGAGAUCAGGCGCCAGGCACGCACCGACCCGUGGGCAAGCUAGCCGAGCUGCAGUGCGAGGUGGCCGCUGUGCGCGAGGAGCAGAAAAAGCUGUCCAGCCUCGUGGAGGCUCUAGGCGCCCAGGUCCGGACCCUAGCGGAACAGCAGGAGAAUCUGAGGGGCCAGCUUCAGGACCUGAACACCAGGCUCGGUGCUGGGACCUCGCAGUUGGAACCAGAGCGGGGCCCUCCAAGCAGUGAGGGCCACAGGCUUAAGAGUCUGGAGCGCCGCCUGGCUGAGGUGGAGAGUACUCAGGCUCAGCUGAUGGAUGCUGUCCAGAACUUGCAACUUCUACCCAGGACGCCCGGGUUCCAGAGCCAGCCCCUGACCCUCAAAGCACCCUGCGCCAACGGAAACACCACCUGAGUUGCCCAUCCCGCCCACGUGGCCUGGGAGCAGAGAGACGGCUGUCCGGCAGGGGUGUCUGACCCUUGCUUCAGCCCUAUGUGGCCUAGGGUGGGGAGUGGAG